UAUUAAAGUCAACAAACCAAUCCUGUCAAAACUGUCAUCUAUUCGGCCUUAACAAAAUUAUCAAGUAUUUUUUAAAUAAUCAUGAAUUAAACACAAAAAAAUAUGAUACUACAGCGUCUGUUUUUAGCAAUACUCUGUGCUAUAAACGCACCCAAAACACAGCGGUGUACCUUGAAUACUAGAAUACAUUUCGGCCAACCGUUACCAGUUAUCUUAAGAUAUGGCCAACUGUUGGAACCAACUGAUAAUAACGGCAACGUAAUCAUACAAUCCGGAGAAAGUAUAGUUCUAAGCUGUAUCGAUCAAGGCAGUAUUCGUAAUUCACAUUCUAUCCAAGGGAAAAAUACGGCAAUCAUUAAUUGCAUCAAUGAUGACGUAUUUGGAAACGAUGAAUGGUUAAAUUCUCCAUCAAGAUUCAGUGAAUUUAAAUGUAUUAGUCCACCUUCAUAUGUAAGCAAUCGUACAAACCGUACUUGCUUUGAAGAUAAUAUAAUCUACGAAGUAGGAUACUAUAUAGAUAAUAUUUUCUAUCCAGUUUACGAAUCUUGCUUCAAUGAAUUGGAACUAAAUGCAAUAUAUUCCAAAUACACACAGAAGCCUUAUAACGCAGUAUACCAAACUAGAGUUGAAAGGCCAUUUUUUAUAGAUAAUAAUGUAUAUGGAUAUAUUCCUGUUAAUUCGAUAUUCUCACCAGCGGGACAGAAGAGCGCUGUCGCUCAACUUGUUGGUGAUAGAGUAAACACUUAUGUAAACAAAACAGAAUUCCUAUCAAGAGGACAUUUAGCUGCUAAAACUGAUUUCGUAUUAGCAUUCGGUGAACGUGCAACAUUUCAUUACGUGAAUUGUGCUCCACAAUGGGUUGGUUUUAACGGGGGUAAUUGGAAUACUUUGGAAGUAGAUUUACGGAACCAUAUACAUGAUGUAGGGUACAAUACAAUUGUUUAUACAGGUACUUUCGGUGUAUCACAACUAACUAAUCAAUACGGAACAGCAGUCGAAGUAUACCUUCACACAGAUGUGAAUAAUAAUCCAGCGAUUCCAGUUCCGAAAUAUUAUUAUAAAGUUGUAUAUGAACCGAUUAGUAAGCGUGGGAUAGCGUUUGUGGGUAUUAACAGUCCUCAUUAUACAAAAGAGGAGGCGCAGGAUUUAUUCUUCUGUCCAGAUUUAUGUAGAGGUAAUAAAGAUUUCUCCUGGCUGACAUGGCAUCCGGAUCUAUCUACUGAAGGCUAUACGUUUUGCUGCACAAUUGAAGAUUUUCGAAGAACUGUACAUCAUUUACCGGAGUUUGAAGUUACUGGUCUUUUAAUUUGAAAUAAGAAAUGUUUUAAAGAAUCUAAUGAAAGAUUUGUAGCCAAAAUAAAUGUUGGAUUAUGGCUGCAAAUGAUUAGAAUUUUCAAACAGUUUAGAAUAUAUGAAUGCAGGUUAACUGUUAUUGUUUUAGUUUCGUAGUUCUGCUUUCACGUGGGAAAUUAUAAGUGAAUCUGUCGUAUUUACAUUAAGGUACAUCAUAACAUAUAAGUUGAUAUAAUUAAGAUUUUACGAAAACCAAUUUUCAUUUCAAGAAUAAAAUUUUAAAA